AAAAAUUCCUUCUCCACAAUUCACUCUGAGGUGCCUUCAUAUAUAGAGAGAGAGUUGUAAGAUCAGAAAAGCUGCACGGAGCGUUCGAUCUGAACAUUUUUGAUCAAAUGGCUGAAAAUAAUUAUUUAGUAAAGGUAGAGGAAGGGAAAGCGGCCAGCGACGGACAGCCGUCGAUCGGCCCUUCUUAUCGCAGUAUUUUUGCCAAGGAUGGAUUCCCUGCUCCGAUUCCUGGAAUGGAAAGUUGCUGGGACAUUUUCCGUAUGUCGGUUGAAAAAUAUCCUACCAACCCUAUGCUUGGUCGCCGGCAGAUUGUGGAUGGGAAAGCUGGAAAAUAUGUGUGGCAAACUUACAAAGAAGUUUACGACAUUGUAAUAAAAGUCGGGAAUGCCCUCCGAAGUUGUGGUGUUGAGAAAGGACAAAAAUGUGGUAUUUAUGGUGUCAAUUGCCCAGAGUGGAUAAUAAGCAUGGAGGCCUGCAAUGCUCAUGGACUCUAUUGUGUUCCUUUGUAUGACACUCUAGGUGCUGGUGCUGUGGAGUUUAUAAUAUGCCAUGCAGAAGUUUCUAUUGCUUUUGUAGAGGAAAAGAAGAUUAAUGAGCUGUUUAAAACAUUUCCAGCCUCAAGAGAAUACUUAAAAUCCAUUGUUAGCUUUGGGAAAGUAACACCUGAGCAGAAGGCAGAAGCUGAGAAGCAUGACUUGGCGAUAUAUUCUUGGGAGGAAUUUUUUGCAGGAGAAAAUAAAACAUUUGAUCUUCCGGUGAAGAAGAAAACUGAUAUCUGCACAAUAAUGUAUACUAGUGGAACAACCGGCGACCCAAAGGGAGUCCUGAUUUCAAAUGAAAGUAUCGUUACUCUUAUAGCAGGGGUGAAACGCCUGCUAGCGAGUGUAAAUGAACAGUUGAGUACGACCGAUGUAUAUAUUUCUUAUCUUCCUCUAGCGCAUAUCUUUGACCGUGUGAUUGAGGAAGCAUUUAUUUCACAUGGUGCUUCAAUAGGAUUUUGGCGUGGGGACGUGAAACUGUUGGUAGAAGAUAUUGGGGAGCUAAAGCCAAGUAUCCUCUGUGCUGUUCCUCGUGUGUUGGAUAGAAUCUAUUCAGGUUUAAUACAGAAGGUUUCUGGGGGUGGUUUCGUGAAAAAGAAGAUGUUUGAUUUGGCAUUCGCAUACAAAUACUAUAACAUGAAGAAAGGCCACAAACAUGGAGAAGCAUCUCCGAUUUGUGACAAAAUUGUCUUCAGUAAGGUAAAGCAAGGUUUGGGAGGGAAUGUGCGGCUUAUUCUAUCCGGUGCAGCACCCCUUUCUGCUCAUGUGGAAGAGUUCCUGCGAGUUGUGGCAUGUUGUCAUGUUAUUCAGGGAUAUGGUCUGACGGAGAGUUGCGGGGGGAGUUUCGUCUGUUUACCUAAUGAAUUAUCAAUGCUUGGUACCGUGGGGCCUCCAGUGCCAAAUGUAGAUGUACGCCUGGAAUCUGUUCCCGAAAUGAAUUACGAUGCCCUUUCUAGCACACCGCGAGGGGAGGUUUGUAUCAGGGGAAAAACAUUAUUCUCAGGAUACCACAAACGUGAAGACCUCACCUCUGAAGUAUUGGUCGAUGGGUGGCUCCACACAGGGGAUGUUGGUGAGUGGCAACCAAACGGAAGCAUGAAAAUUAUUGAUCGGAAGAAGAACAUUUUUAAGCUUUCACAAGGAGAAUAUGUUGCGGUUGAGAACCUGGAGAAUAUAUAUGGUCAAACGUCGGCCAUUGAUUCGAUAUGGAUUUACGGAAACAGCUUUGAGUCGUCCCUCGUGGCAGUCGUGAACCCGAAUAAGGAAGCACUCGAAAGCUGGGCUGCUGGCAAUAAUGUAAGUGGUGAGUUCGAGUCCAUCUGCCAAAACCCCAAGGCCAAAGAGUUCAUACUUGGAGAGCUCGCAAAGACUGGCAAAGAGAAAAAGCUGAAAGGUUUCGAGUUCAUAAGAGCCGUUCAUCUCGAUCCGAUGCCCUUUGACAUGGAACGCGACCUUAUCACUCCAACAUUUAAGAAGAAGAGGCCUCAACUGCUUAAAUAUUAUCAGAGCGUUAUUGACGACAUGUACAAGAGUGCAAACCAGCCAAAAGCUUGAGAAAAUGCUUAUGGAGUUGUGAACGUUUGGUUCUGUGAUUUUAUUUAGAUCGUAUGGAUUUAAGCCUUUUUAUAUUCUUUUGUUGGUUUCGAAUUUACCUGUUGAUGUUGGAAACUUGUUAGUCUAAAACCAAAUUUCCUUUAGUACAACUCUAAGCUGUUUAAUGACCAAAA